UGUAGGUCGUGUGUUUCGAUCGCUUUUCGCGUUUGACAUUGGAUCAUUCGAAUUCUGUAGUUAUAUAUAAAGAUCGAAAAAAUUGUAAAAAAAAAAAGGAACGAACAGAAAAAAAAAACGGCAAAGGCAGCAGCGUAACAUGCUGGAGUGAACAAUGCUGAAGUGGGUGCAUCAUCAGCAACAUCAGCAGUCUACACUGCAGCCCACGAAGCCCCAGCCCCCGCUCCAGCCCCAGCAGCAGCAGCAGCAUCAUCGGCAGCAGCAUCGCAAUUCCGCCGAUCGCGGAGACAUAGAAAACAACAGUGCCAACAGUAACAAAAAUAACGUCAAUACUGGAAACUGCGGCAAAAAGUGCAACAAUAGAGCGAGAAAAAAGCAUAAAGCGCCUUCGACACCCACUGCCGCCGCCGCGGCUGCUGCUGCUGCUGCUGCAGCGGCGAAGACGACGACGACUGGCCUCGCUAAGGUCGUCGAGGAGACUCGCGAGAUUAUCAACGGUGGUGGAAAGGCAGUGGUGGACUGCAGCAACGCCUCGAGGCGACGUAUCGGGGGCUCGGAUCCGCGAGUCGCCACUUGCAGGGGCAAGCUGCAGAACAAGAGGAGCAAGCUCAAUCAGGAGAUCAACAAGGAGCUGCGAUUGCGAGCCGGCGCCGAGAAUCUCUUCAAGGCCACGACGAAUCGCAAGCUCAAGGAGACGGUCGCGCUCGAGCUGAGCUUCGUCAACUCGAAUCUGCAGCUGCUCAAGGAACAACUGGCCGAGCUCAACAGCUCCGUCGAGGUCUAUCAGAAUGAGAACAGCGACGAUGUCGCCAUGCCGCUCAUACCCCUGGGUCUCAAGGAGACGAAGGACAUCGACUUCAGGGAUCCGUUCAAAGACUUCAUACUCGAGCACUACAGCGAGGACGGCGAGAAUUACGAGGAGGCGAUCGCCGAGUUCAUGGAAACUCGAAUGGCGAUGCGCACACCGACCCGCGACAUAGCCGGUAUCGGCCUGCUGAUGCGUUACUACAAUCAGCUGUACUUCAUCGAGCGUCGCUUCUUCCCGCCCGAGCGCAGCCUCGGCAUCUACUUCGAGUGGUACGACUCGCUGACGGGCGUGCCGAGCUGUCAGCGCACCGUCGCCUUCGAGAAAGCCUCGGUCCUCUUCAACGCGGGCGCCCUCUACACCCAGGUCGCGGCCAAGCAGGAUCGCCAGAGUCCCAAGGGUCUCGAUCAGGCGGUGGACUCGUUUCUGCGCUCGGCGGGCACGUUCCGAUACAUACACGAGAGCUUCACCAACGCGCCGAGCAUGGAUUUGGGGCCCGACAUGCUGGACAUGCUCGUGCAGCUGAUGCUCGCUCAGGCGCGCGAGUGUCUGUUCGAAAAAUUGGAGCUGCAGUCCAGGGACGCCCGCGACGCCGAGGUAUCGCUCGAUCUGGCCCAGGAGGCGGCCCAGGUCUCGGCCGUGUACGCGGACGUGCACGCGAUGAUAUCGCGCGAGCCCGUGCGCGACUACGUGCCCGAGUCCUGGAUAGCCCUGGUGCUGGUGAAACGCGAGCACUAUCUGGCGCUGGCGCAUCGGCACUGCGCCGCGGCCCUCCUCGACCAUCCCAUCAGCGAGUUCAGGGCCGAGACGAGGGCCGCCCUCGAGCGCAUCCAGGCCAACGACUCCAAGACCCAGAUCGAUUACACGGUGCCGAGGACGGAGAACGACCGACAGCUGCUGGGCAGGUCGCACGUGCGCGAGGCCCUCGUGCUGCACGAGGAGAGCCAGCGACUGCAGCGCAUGUGUCGCGAGCUCAAGGGCAAGCAGUCGCUGACGAGGGCUCUGCGUGCGGCCCAGGACGCCACCCUGGAGAUCUACGGCAGGUCGGGCGACGAGGACGAUCUGAGGGAGCUGCUGGACUCGCCGAGCAUCGUCGCCACGAGCAAGUUUCAGCUGAGCCUGACGCAUCCGGACUUUGGCCAGCACAACGUCGACGAUCUGUUCAAGUCGCUCGGGCCCGUGGCGAUAUUCUCGGCCAAGCGACACUGGACGGCACCGAGGCUGAUACAGCUGCAGCGCGGACCCGGCGGCGAGGGUUUCGGUUUCAGCGUGAGGGGUGACUCGCCCGUCAUCAUAGCGGCGGUCGAUCACAACUCGCUGGCAGACUUGGGCGGAAUGAAGGAGGGCGACUUCAUCGUCAGCAUCGCCGACAAGGACGUCAAGUGGGCCGCGCACGAUCAGGUCGUGCGGCUGAUCAAGCAGUGCGGCGACUCGAUAAGCCUGAAACUCGUCACGCCGAUGGACAGGAAUUAUCUCAAGAAACCAGCCAAGACCAGCAGCGGCCACAAUCAUCGGGACAAGGGCAGCGUGUCGGCCAGCAGCUCGUCGGGCGUCUCCUCGGGCCAGCCGUCGCCCGCGGGCUCCGUCACGACGGCCCACGUGGCCAAGCGGCUGCCCUGGAACCCGUUCAAAAAAUCCCAGGGUGGCGGCAGCGACAGAGGCGGCGGUGGAGCGGGAAGCGGUCGCGACAGCAGGGACCUGACCUUCGACAACGUCAUUCUCAGAUGAUUCUUUUAUCGCAGCUGCUGCUGCUGCUGCCGUCGCCGUCGCCGAUGCUCGUCCAGCUGCUAUUCCAAAUCAACGAGAACUACCUGAAAUCGAGAAAAAUUGUCGCGAAAUCGCUGUAAAUAUUUAUGUAUCGUAUUUUCAUUAAUUUAUUGUAACACGACGGAUUUCAUUUGGUUUUUCUCUCCCUGUCUGUUUGUAUCUGCUGUUGAAAGAAUUCGUAUUCGUUGCCAAAACUCUGUACAUUGAUCGAGCUGUAGCUAACGUUUAAGGAUGGAUUUGUGUAUAAAUGAAGGGUGUUUAAUUAAAAAAAAAAAAA